AUUAACCUAAAGAACCUAAAACCUAACAUUUUAAAAAACUUCAACUAUUCCAUUUGUUCUUUCACUUCCAAUCUCCUAGACUUCACUUUCCCUCAUAACAGCCAUAUUUUUCAGCAAAUAAUUUCUGGUGAUGGAAAAGCAUACGUGAAACAAGGUUCAAAAUCCGUUCACAUUAGUAAAAGCGGUAUGGUUGCAAGCGAUGGCAUUACCACUGCGCUAAUGGAUCAUUAUGGAAGAAUCAUUUCGUGA